GAGGAGGAGGAGGCAGAGACGUCGGUGCAGGAGAGGUGGACAGCUGGUAAGGCUAAAGGCCUCCUUGGCGAGUUUCUCCUCAACUUCUUUGAUUCAGUGUGCUUCGACUGCCAGCCUCUGGGCUUCGCGGCGUUCUCUGGACCUUGUCCGCUCAUUGCUGGUGUCGGUGGUUGGCUCGGAUUGGGGGACUGGCACCUGGUCCAGUGGGAUACAGGAAACCCAGAAUGUUUGCUCCAGCUGGUGAAGGAACUCAUCCAGCAGUACCACCAUUACCAGUGCCAACGUCUGCGUGAGAGCUCCAGGCUGCUCUUCGAGUAUGAUAGCCUACUGGAGGAUCCCAACUAUGGCUGCAACAUGGAGAUAUAUGCCGGAAACAAAAACAGCUGGACAGGUGAGUUUUCAGCUCGUUUUCUUCUCAAACUCCCUGUGGACUUCAGCAACAUCCCUGUCUAUCUCCUUAAGGUAUUAUGGUGUGUUUUAGAGCCAGUGUAUACAUAGUAUCACUCUGGUAGCACGAAGAAGAGUAUUGACUCGCAGAGAGGAACAUGGUGAACAUCGGCCCACACCUUGUCCGCCUACACGUUACAGAGGAACAGAAUUAUGCAGCAUAUAGGCUGGACUCUAAGAGCACAAAUGUACUGUAUGCCAAAUUGAUGACCCCAAUUUUCAAUUUCACAGUUGUCAUGCAAUUAGUUCUGUCAGUGUAAAUGCUGUCUCCAGUCAUCUGUUUAUGUGCUUUGCACAUUUCUUCACUGUAAGCAAUUCCACAGAUGUACUGUUGUAGAGCAGUUGAAGUACAGUGAACAUUGGAAGCAAAAGUUUGCUCAGUUGAAUAUUAUUUGUGAAUUUGUUUUUUAACAAUUGUAUGAACACGGUGCACAUGCAUUGCUUUGCCAGUUGUGAGCCAGUGUUGCAACCAACUAAGAGCCACUUACCCUCACACUGCAGCUUUUACUUCUGUUUUUUUUUUAAGUGCAGAUUUGAUGCAUUCUGCCCCAAAUAUGUGCUGAGUUGAUCACAUAGAUGCACCAGGCUGAAGUCACACUUUAGACUGUCAUUUGUGUGAGUGUUUGCUAGGUACGUGUUUCUCACUAUUGCAUAUUCAUCUACGGAAGGAUGACGCAAAUAAUAAGGGGAGACAUGCUAACAGAUGGUGAGUUAUGUAUGCAUUCCAGUGGAUUUGAUAACAUCAUGCAAUUUGCAACUGUCAUUUUACAGGGAGAAUUCUCCACUUCUGAAACAUAGUACAAGGGAGGCUGUAGUGGAUAGAAAAAAUAUGCAUUAAAAGUAUACUCAUCUGUGAUUACAAAUAAUUAUUACAAAUCAGGAAAUUAAGUCAUUAAGCAACUCAAUACCUGGUUACUAAUUAAAAUAAAUGGUGAACAAGGAGAUCUGGUCUUGAAAUUUGACCACCAGAGAACUAUAAAAUCAGUAGAGGGUGCAACUAAAACAAACUUAUUUUAGUCAAGUCCUUUAAGUGUGCGUGUGCCUUAAUUCACAAAUCCAAUCAACUCAAAUUUUAUUCAUAUAGCCCAGCAUCACAAAGGGCUUUACAAUAUGUAUAGAAUAUGACACCGUCUGUCAGACCCUUGAAGCAGAAAACUUCCCUUAAAACCCUUUGCCAGGAAAAAAAAAAUGGAAGAAACCUCAGGAAGAGCAAUAGAGGAGGGAACCCGCUUCCAAGACCGUACAGGAUGUAUGCGUAUGUACAGAAUAGUAGAUUUAUAGUAUGGAUAUCAGAAUGACAAUAUUAUAAAUGGUCAUGCUCCUAUUUCAGUAGUCACUCACUGCAUGUGGCCAUUAAACACAACCCAUUUUAUACUUCAAGUCUAUUUGCCUCUGAGUACUUCCAAAAUGCAAGUGAACUUCAAGUCUCUGCACAGUAUGUUCAGGCACAGUAGAUUGGUGUUAGUAAAGCAGGUGCUGAAUACAUGCAGAUUGUGGGUGCAAACUCAUUGAAAACCAUAGCACCCAUUUGUGCAGUGCAGGGCUACUGUGUUGAUGCAACCUGAAUGCUGAGGGAUCUGUCAAAAAGUUGUGAAAGUAUGUGAAUGUAAUUUAAUCUGACAAAGCACUGUGUUGGCUUAUCAAAUACCUGAAAGUGCAUGUUCUUGGUAGAUUAUCUCUUUGUCAAGACAUGUUAUUAUUAUUGUCUGAUUUAUUAUAAUUAUCUUGACUGCAGUGUUUUGCUGUCUGAUAGGAAUUCAGAGUCUUGGAUCUAUAACUUACACUGAGUCUCCUCAAUCAUAUUUCAUCAUCUCACCAAUACAUGAGACAACAUGCCUCAUUAUUUUUGGUCUGAAUGCCCACUAAGCCUUUGAAAUGCAUUACAACCAAUUUAAUAGCUGGUCUUUACAACAAUGUCAGCAUUUCAAAAAUCAAAUUGUGCAGACAAAACAGAAGCCAUCAGCCUGGUGCUGUAAGUAGAGGUCAGUCUGCUGACCCUGAUUUGAAUCAACCUCCCCAUCAA